AUGUGUUCACAACAUACUUUUUAUUUUUCAGCUCUACUUCAGGUUUCCAUUUCUCUUAGCAAAGUCGAACUCAGUGUCGGUGAAUCCAAAUUCUUCACAUGUACAGCCAUUGGUGAGCCUGACAACAUAGAUUGGUACAAUCCACAAGGAGAGAAAAUUGUUUCUAGUCAAAGAGUGGUUGUUCAGAAAGAAGGUGUUCGAUCACGUCUCAUCAUUUAUAAUGCAGAUAUAGAAGAUGCUGGCAUAUAUCGAUGUCAAGCAACAGAUGCUAAAGGACAAACUCAAGAAGCUACUGUUGUUCUGGAAAUUUAUCAAAAGCUCACUUUUCGGGACAUAGUAUCACCACAAGAGUUCAGGCAGGGAGAAGUUGCAGAAGUUGUUUGCCGUGUUACUAGUUCACCUGCUCCCAUUGUCAGCUGGCUGUAUCGAAAUGAAGAAAUAUCAACUCUUGCUGACAAUCGAUUUGCAAUAUUAGCAAACAAUAAUCUUCAAAUUCUUAACAUCAAUAAAAGUGAUGAAGGAAUAUACCGUUGUGAAGGAAGAGUGGAAGCCAGAGGAGAGAUUGACUUCCGGGAUAUAAUUGUUAUUGUGAAUGUUCCCCCUGCAAUUACCAUGCUACAGAAAUCUUUUAAUGCUACUGCAGAUCGAGGAGAAGCCAUAACUUUGUUUUGCAGAGCCACUGGAUCGCCUCCACCAGAAAUAAGUUGGUUUAGGAAUGGUAAACUUAUUGAAGAAAAUGAAAAAUACGUAUUGAGAGGGAGCAAUGCAGAGUUAACAAUAAGAGAUAUUAAAAAUAUUGAUGCAGGUCCUUAUAUCUGCAGUGCUAAAAACAAGGCAGGAAAUGAUAAAAGACAGACAUUCCUUCAAGUUUUUGUACAGCCUCAAAUAAUACAACUUAAAAAUGAAACCACAUUUGAGAAUGGGAAAGCCACCCUCAUCUGUGAAGCAGAAGGAGAACCUAUUCCAGAGAUUACUUGGAAAAGGGCCGUUGAUGGAAUAACUUUCUCUGAAGGUGACAAGAGCCCAGAUGGCCGUAUAGAAGUCAAAGGGCAGCAUGGAAAAUCGUCACUGCAUAUUAAAGAUGUGAAGUUGUCAGAUUCAGGGAGAUAUGACUGUGAAGCUGCAAGUAGAAUUGGUGGGCACCAAAAGAGCAUGUACCUUGAUAUUGAAUAUGCUCCAAUGUUUCUGUCAAAUCAAACUAUGUAUUUCUCUUGGGAAGGCAAUCCCAUCAAUAUAACAUGUGAAGUACUAGCAAAUCCAUCUGCCUCAGUUCAGUGGAAAAGAGGAAAAUUAGUUCUACCAGUAAAAAAUUCAACGCAUCUUAAGACCUACAGUGCAGGAAGAAAGCUGAUUCUAGAGAUUGCUCCUACAUCUGACAGUGAUUUUGGACAGUAUAAUUGUACAGCUACAAACAGAAUAGGAACAAGAUAUCAGGAGUACACACUCGGUCAAGCUGAUGUGCCAUCAAAUCCUUACGGAGUACGGGUUUUAGAGUUGUCACAAACCACUGCCAAGGUUUCAUUCACUAAGCCAGAUUCACAUGGAGGUGUGCCCAUUCAUCACUACCAAGUGGAUGUAAAAGAGGUAGCCUCAGAAACCUGGAAGAUUGUUCGCUCCCAUGGAGUUCAAACAAUGGUUGUUCUCAGCAAUUUGGAACCAAAUACGACAUACGAAAUCAAAGUAGCUGCUGUAAAUGGAAAAGGGCAAGGAGAAUAUAGCAAAAUCGAGAUAUUUCAGACUUUACCUGUCCGCGAGCCAAGCCCACCGUCAAUUCAUGGACAACCAGGAAGUGGAAAGAGUUUCAAACUUAGCAUAACUAAACAAGAUGAUGGAGGUGCCCCCAUUUUGGAAUACAUUGUCAAAUACAGAAGUAAAGAUAAGGAAGACCAGUGGCUAGAGAAAAAAGUGCAGGGUAGUAGAGACCACAUCAUCUUAGAGCAUCUUCAGUGGACCAUGGGUUACGAAGUACAAAUUACAGCUGCAAACAGACUGGGUUUUUCUGAACCAACAUUGUACGAAUUUAGCAUGCCACCGAAGCCCAACAUUAUUACAGACACUCUUUUUAAUGGUCUUGGACUUCGUGCUGUUAUUGGCCUGGGAGUGGCGGCCCUUUUGUUAAUCCUUGUUGUGACUGAUGUCAGCUGCUUCUUUGUACGACAAUGCGGAUUGCUAAUGUGCAUCACCAGGAGGAUUUGUGGGAAAAAGAGUGGUUCAAGUGGAAAAAGUAAAGAACUGGAAGAAGGAAAGGCUGCUUACUUGAAAGAUGGAUCAAAAGAGCCAAUAGUGGAAAUGAGAACAGAGGAUGAAAGAAUUACCAGCCAUGAAGAUGGGAGCCCAGUAAAUGAGCCGAACGAGACUACUCCUCUCACAGAACCGGAGAAGCUGCCACUGAAGGAGGAAAAUGGGAAAGAAGCUUUAAAUCCAGAAACCAUAGAAAUCAAAGUUGCUAAUGACAUCAUCCAGUCAAAAGAAGAUGAUAGCAAAGCAUAAGAUAAACUACAGCUUUCUGGAUAAUACAUUUGGAUAAAAGCAACCCUGUGACCAAAACUUUACAGCUGACCUUAAUUUCCUGGGAAAUUUAAGCUUGGAAGAGUUACUACAUGUGUACAUAUGAUAAAACAGUUUCUGUCUACAGUUCUUUUCUAUUUUUUUGUUAAUGGUUUUAGUAUGUUGUUUUGCUGACAGCAAGUCCCAUGGUAUAAAUUGGAAAAAUCUUCUGAAUUAGAACUAAAACGUAUUAUAUGAAAAAGUAUGUCUAUUUAGAAGAAUACUUGGCAAAGCACCUCUAACCACAAACAACACAUCAUGUCUCUCCAGAUCUUACAGGGCAAUCAACAUACAUAAAGUGCCACUUGUUAUUGUAUUUAUUUCCAUUUAUAAUCAAGGAAAAGUUGAGGUUGCCUUUUAAAAAAUGAAAACCAAUCUCAGCAUAACAUUUAAGAUCUUAUCACUGGCAGACACUCAAUAGUCGUUCCAACUGUGCAUAUCACUUGAAACAAAAAAAGCAACAAACUGUCUUCAACAACACAAAGCCAGCUCCACCCGUAGUUUUACCUGAGUUCUCUGCUAUCAUAAAAAUUUGAUAACUAUGAUGUACAGAUUUAAAUCAAAAUAGCUGAAUAUUUUAUCGAGUAUUGGCCUCAUCCUAACUUUAGAGUGUGACUGAAAGGCCCAGGGUUUUCAGAAUGCCAGAUUUUCUACAUUAACCUUUGGAAGGUGGUGUGUAAAUUAGAAUGUAGGAUAUAUGUGGAAAGGGAACUCUUUUUUUAAUAACUUUUGGCUUCAAAGGAAACCUUCUAACACAGACUCACAUUAGUUGCCCCAGUGUAUUUAUGCAUAUGAGUAUUCAAUCUUCUAACCAUUCAGUCAAGGGAUAAACUGCAUUUAGAUUUUCACCACAAAUCAUUAUGUGAAAUAUUUGAAGUUGGCCUUAUUAAAGAGGUUCUCGCUAUGUUAUAAAUUUUUAUCUUAUAACAAGAAACAUAAGAACAGAUGGAAAGACUUUGGCUAAGUGGUUAGGAACAUUUUAAAAUUUUUAAUUAAUCAGAGCGUGUAUUAGAUGAAAUACUUGUUUCCUGUCAAGCAUUUUUUUAGAUGAUCUAUUUUAUUAUUAUGGGAUAAUAUGCACUACUUAGAAAUUUGGCUAAUUUAUUUGAUGAAAAAUAAUAUAUUUAUUGAUUUAAUUAUGUCACUAAUUGGAGUAAUACAUCCUGCUUCCAUUCCAGCAUAGUGUAUCCACAUCUACCAACCUAUUCAAAAUAUUUCUUUGGAAGAAGUAGAUAAAAUAGUGAACUAGAUUAGAAAAUUCUACUUGUUAGGAUCAAACUGUAGAGUACCUUGUGAAUUUUUCACAUCUAAAUCAUACUCAAGGUCUAAGUGUAGCUUUACUCAGCAAAUUAUGUCCUCUCCAUACUGUAUCUAAAUUUUGCUAUUAGUUGCAAAUUUCUACCUAAUUUCAGAAUGUCAUCAACUCUUAUAUGAUAUUUUGUAGUUAUGUCAAAGUGGUUGACUUUUGUGCAGUAAAGCUAAAAGUGAAAUGUAAAAGAAUGUUACAUUUGAGGAUAAUGGCACAUUAACCUUCUUGUUAACCCAAACAUUACCAGAUUUGAAAAUGAUGAGGAGAUAAUGAAUUUUCAGACCUUCCUUAUUUUUCAAAGUCACUAAUUUUAUCAAAAAAAAAAAAA